UGAGUAUUUAUACAUGUAUUUACUGUAGUACUAUAUGUAUAUUUAUACAUGUAGUUACUGUAGUACCUUUAUGUAUAUUUAUGUAUAUACUGUAGUACUUUAUGUAAAUUUAUACAUGUAUUUACUGUAGUACUUUAUGUUUAUGUCUAUGUUUAUGUCUUUUUGUUGUCUAUCUGAUGUGUGCAGUGACGCCCUGUGGCCACAGGGGGCAGUGAACCGACCAGUCAGCUGCAACAGCGUCAUUUAAAUACAAAUACUUCCGGUGAGUCCCUUCAAGAUAAGACUUUUCAAUGUGGCGGUAAAGGGUAAAACGUGUCGUGACUGUGAAUGACGUCAUGCUGGAAGCGGCUGCGGGUCUCGUUUGUGCGAGUUCUGGUUCUGGUCAUGGACUCUGGAGAGCGCUUCCUCUCCUAAUUACUUUAUUUUGAAAGGCAGUCUGAUACACACCGGAUGUGUAUCAGAUCGCCAUAUUGGACAUAAAGACAGCAGAGAACCGUCCGGACAAACACCGACACCGGGCCGGGUACGGACCAGGACUAGCGCUGAACGAGCUCUGAAUCAUCACACCGGACCGGUUCGACCCGAACAUCUCGGGAAGACUCGGGUAGACUCGUCAUGGAGCGGAGCGCCGCGACUGAAACUUUCCUGAGCCAGACUGAGGAGAUCCUGCAGACCGCCCUGGACUCGGUGGUCUCUGUCCUCCAGCAGGGGACAGACAGAGAGGACAGCAGGCUGGCGGCCGUCCUUGCUGUGAUGCGGACUCAGGUGGUCCGUCAGAUCUGCAGAGUCUUCAGAGAACUGUUCGUCUCCAUGGAGACGGAGAACAGACAGUUGAGGUCAAAGGUCGAGAACCGACCCGUCGAAAAGACGCUUUAUAAGAUCAAACAAUCAGGUGGCCCCGCCCUCUCUCUGGACAUCGACCAACCAGCUGCCGACCCUGCUGCCCUUGCCAUGGCGAUCCUGACCUCUGCUCGGUCAGGACGCCGAGCGGGCGGCGAGACGCAGGUCCCGCUGGUUAUCAUCAGCCAGCCGCUCACUGGCCCCGCCCCCCAGCCGCUCACUAGCCCCACCACCCAGCCGCAUCACAGCAACCUGCAGAUGGAAGAUGAGGUGAACCAGACCUGCACAGACGUGACAACACUUCCUGUGGCGAAUGAUCAGCCAAUCAGUGAGACCACAAUGACAGAGGACACGCCCACACCUGAACAGGAAACAGAAAUAAAGAUGGAAACUGUUGAACUGAUGCUGACAGAUGGCCGGCCAGCGGAGGAGGAGGAGGAGGAACAGCGGGAGCAGGAGCGGCGGCGGAGGCGGGAGCUGUAUAAGGAGAAGCGUUUCUUCUGCGAGCUGUGUAACAAAGGUUUCCACCAGCAGCACCAGCUGAAGAACCACGUGUCCAGCCACCUGAAGCCCUUCCCCUGCAGUGCCUGCGACAAAGGCUUCUACAAGUCGUCCAGCCUGCAGAGACACCAGCUGUCCCACCGGCUGAGGGACGCCCGGGACGCCGACCCCGACCACCUGCUGCGCUGCGACCAGUGCGAGAGGAAGUUCCGGCUGCCGCGCCAGCUGCGGCUCCACCAGGCUUCCCACCGGCUGCAGGACGCGCCGCUCAAGUGCCGCGUCUGCGAGCGUACCUUCACCUCGGCCGGCGCGCUGCGCUACCACGAGGUGUCCCACGCGCAGGUCAAGCCCUUCAUGUGCGACGUCUGUGGGAAAGGCUUCACCCGCAAGAAGAGCCUCCGCGAGCACCAGGUGGUGCACACUGGCGCCCGUCCCUACGCCUGCCCCGCUUGCAGCAAACGCUUCUCCACCGCCAGCAACCUGCGCGUCCACAAGAGGUCGCACUCCGACGAGCGACCGCACAAGUGCAGCGAGUGCGACAAGGCCUUCAAGUGCAAGAUGGGCCUGCUGCAGCACCGGCUGGUCCACUCCGGAGAGAAACCCUUCACCUGCCAGACCUGCGGACUCAGCUUCGGACUCAAGUACAACUACCAGAGACACCUGAGGCUGCACAGUGGGGAGAAGCCCUUCAGGUGCGGUCAGUGUGGCGAGGGCUUCUCUGGGACCUGGGCUCUGAAGAGCCACAUGCUGGUUCACGGUGUGGAGAAGUCGUUCAUGUGCGACCUCUGCGGGAAAACCUUCUUCUACAACUGUCAGCUGCAGAAACACCAGCAGCUGGUCCACCACAACAACAACAACAACAACAACAAGAGGAGGGAGCGUCAGACCGCGGCGGUGAAGCCCUACAGCUGUCAGGUGUGUGUGAAGAGCUUCAGCAGCAGCAUGUCUCUGAGGACCCACGAGAAGAUCCACCGCCAGGACAAAGAGUUCAGCUGCGAGUCCUGCGGGAAGUCCUUCCACCUGCGUCACCUCUACCUGUACCACCUGCGGCAGCACAGCGGCGACCGGCCGCACGUUUGCUCCGUCUGCAGCAAGGGUUUCCUGCUGACGUCGCAGCUGAAGCAGCAUGAGCUACUACACACCGGCGUCAAGCCGCACCGCUGCACGCAGUGCGGCAAAGAGUUCCGCACGUCCCAGAACUACCACCGCCACCUGCUGGUGCACACCGGGGAGAAACCGUACGGCUGCUCCAUCUGCAGCAGGAAGUUUCGCCAGUCCAACCAGCUCAAGUCUCACAUGCAGAUCCACACCGGCGUGAAGCUGUACGGUUGCCAGCGAUGCGGACUCGGUUUCUCUGACUCGCGGCAGCUGAAGAAGCAUCGCUGCGGCGAUGAGCUGCAGAGCAACAAACGCAGAAAACAGAAGAACGUCUUCCCCUGGACCGACGGCUUCACUCAGGAGGCCUCCCAGCUAGCUUAGUUUAGCAUAAUGACUGCAAACAGCUAGCUUAGCUUCACAUAAUGACUGCAAACGGAGGGAAAAUGCUGGCCUUGCUUAGCAUAAUGACUACAAACAGAGGGAAACUGCUAGCCUAGCUUAGCAUAAUGACUGCAAACGGAAGGAAACUCUUAGCAUAGCUUAACAUAAUGACUGCAAAUGGAGGGAAACUGCUAGCCUAACUGUGUUGACCUAGCAGCUGAUGAGUUUUUGGUUCCGCGGUGAUAAAAUAAAUAAAUAAAUGUUGCGCUGCUCCUUUAAGAACAAAACUGUAAAAUGAGACAAUGAUGUAAUAUAAUUUGUGAAAGAUUUGUUCUUUUUGUUUUCACUUUCUGUCUAUUAAAGGUUCACGCCAUCAUUCUGUCUGUCAGGUGUCUCCAGGUGUUUCCAGGGGCCUCAUGUAUCAAAGAGUGCGUAGCAUUCAUACUGAAAGAUGGCAUACUCCCAAAACUAGAAAAGUACUUACGCAAACUCACCUCCACAUGUAUCAAACUGUGCUUACGCCAGGUUCUGCGCACCUUUCCUUGAUUCAUCCCAAUCAGCGUUGAACUAAGUGCACAUGCACAAGACAGCAACCACGCCCCGGCUCCUCCCACAAAUUAAUACGCAGAUGACAUGCAAAUGACUAAAUCGCCAGCUUGCCCGCUGAUUAUCAAAAGAACAAUGGUAAAUCAGUGUGCUGCCACCGCGCGCUGGGUUGGACAUGGUGAUCUCCGAGAUGGAGGCAGGAAAAUUAGCUUUUUGGUGCCUCAGGUCUGCGAUCAGCAACAAGGUGUCAAUGCAGCUGUUAGCGCAGCUGUAUCAGAGAGAGUCCCUCAACACACGCUCCUUCUAAAUUCCACCGUUGUUUAAUUUUCUUUACAACCGUCAGAGCAGCCAGUGCGUAAUGCAUGCCAGAAUCUUUUUUACGUAUCAGUUAAUAAGUCCCUCUGUACUUGCAGUCCCAGUUAUACAUCACAUACGGAAUCAAAUAUGCACCACCCUUGACUUAUUCUGAAAGGAUUUCUCACACGUUUUUUCUCUGUGGAGAGAGGGAUCUGUGCGUCAUGGAUCCUGUGCACCUGCAGCGUUAACAUCUCCAUGUUAAACCAAAGGGAAAGAAUCGGCGAUCAGGACUUUUACACUGUAACUGAGGCAGGUUAUCUGUGAAAAAUUUGUGUGCUCCAUAUUAUUCAGAAUCAGAAACACUUUAUUGAUCCCCGUAGGAAAAUUCAGUAUAUAAAAAUAGUGUAAAUAGCAAAAUAUAUAGACUUAAGAAAAUAUACAAUCUUAAAAGAGACCUACAGACUUCAACAUACUGUUAUUGCACAAGUAAGCAGCAGUACGCAGGUGAAAUAUAAAAUAUAAUAGAUGAUAAAAUUCCUCUAUAACCCUCAUAUUCAGAACGGGUUAUUGAGGGUGGUAAACAGCAUUUUUCCUUCAUUGUCUGAGAGCUUUAAACUGUAAACACAAAGCCAGUUGUGUGUAGUUUUAGUUUAGAUAUGAAACACGUUUUAAAUAGAGCAUAAAACACAGUAGUUUCCACCAAACAAAAGUAUGCGGUGCCACCGCACAUUCUCACGGCAAGUUCACUUUUCAUACAUGUGCCGUGUGUGGGAAAAUCAGCGUAUGCAAUGCUUUUGAGCGUACGCAUCGUUGAUAUAUGAGGCCCCAGGUGUUUCCAGGUGUAGCACAAACACCUGAUAAAGUUUAGAAAUGCUUCACUUUAGUUCAUGACUUGUGUUUUAUCAAUCAUUGUAUUUAUAUCUGAAUAUAUAAUAAAAU